AUGGUCGCUCUCAAAAAUUCUUCAGUUUCACUUCCCAAGGUUUUCAUGGACAUCGCCGUCGAUGGCAGGCCAGGCGGGCGCAUUGAAUUAGAGCUCCGCUCCGAUGUGGUCCCCAAGACAGCCGAGAGCUUUCGUGCUCUGUGCACGGGCAAAGAGGGAGUUGGAUACAAAGGCAGCUCUUUCACCCAUGUAAUUCCCAGGUUGCUGGCGCAAGGCGGAGACGUUGCCUUGAAUAGCCGCGCAAGUGAAAAGUAUAAUUUUAACAAGAGGUUUGAGGUCGAAAACUUUAAACUCAAACACAGGGGGCCAGGCACUCUAUCGAUGGUAAAUGACGACUCAAAUACCAGUCGGACUAAAUUUUUCAUAACCAUGGGCGAGACUCCCUGGCUAGAUGACAAACACGUUGUGUUUGGCAGGGUUACAGGAGGAAUGGAUAUUGUCAAAAGGAUGGGAGCGUACGGCUGUAGAUCGGGAAACCCCAAGAUUAUCACAAUUUCCAACUGCGGCGAGCUAGGAUAG